CAAUCGUUAUACAUUUUCAAACUUGCAUAUACUUUAUUACCAAUGUAUCAUGUCAUCACAAACUAGAAUUUAGUGUUGCUUUAUAUCACAUUCAACAAUGUCGCAAGAAAGAAAAAAACCAUAUAUUUAGAAAAACGACAUAAAUAAAAAAGGAAAAAUAAGGCCGUGAUAUCGGGAAUAUUCUCAUUCGGGUUAAUUCGGUUCUUGUUGCUAUUACUUCGAAAACAAUUUUGCAGAGAAAAGCUUCAGAGAGGGACCAAUAACGGUUGCGAUGGGUGAGAGCGGUACUGCCGUGGCCGCCCGGGAGCAGAGCCAAGCCGCCGACAGCCACAAAAACGACGCCGUUUGCAGCUCCGGCGACACUCCUGCGCCGUUUGAUCGCCCGGUUCGUGUGUACGCCGAUGGGAUCUACGAUCUCUUUCAUUUCGGCCACGCUCGAUCCCUCGAACAGGCCAAGAAGCUGUUCCCGAAUACAUACUUGCUCGUCGGGUGCUGCAGUGAUGAGGUCACACACAAGUAUAAAGGAAAGACGGUUAUGACCGAAUCCGAGCGCUAUGAAUCCCUUCGUCAUUGCAAGUGUGUUUCCUUUAUCCCAUUUUCUUAUCUUUUCCUGAUUUUGCUGCCUCUGCAAGAUUUGUGCAGGUUGAUCUUUCUAUACUUGGUGUAUCUUGAUGAGAUUGGUCAGUGGGUUGACGAGGUUAUUCCUGAUGCCCCAUGGGUGAUUAAUCAAGAGUUCCUUGACAAGCAUACUAUAGAUUAUGUGGCUCAUGAUUCUCUUCCUUAUGCUGAUACAAGUGGAGCUGGAAAAGAUGUUUAUGAAUUUGUCAAAGCUGUGGGAAAAUUUAAAGAGACUAAAAGGACUGAUGGAAUUUCGACCUCUGAUAUUAUUAUGAGGAUAGUAAAGGAUUAUAAUCAGUAUGUGAUGCGCAAUUUGGAUCGUGGGUAUUCAAGAAAGGAGCUUAAUCUUAGUUAUGUUAAGGCAAGUUUAUUCUCUCCCCCUUUCUUUCACGAAAAGCGUCUGAGGGUGAGUAUGAGACUGAAGAAGCUGCAGGAAAAAGUCAAGGAGCAGCAAGAGAAGGUGGGGGAGAAGAUACAAACUGUUGCAAAAACAGCCACCAUGAACCGUAACAUGUGGGUUGAAAAUGCCGACCGGUGGGUUGCUGGAUUCCUUGAAAUGUUCGAGGAAGGCUGUCAUAAAAUGUGUUGA